AUGUUUGCAUCUCGAGUAAUCGGUGCCAUCUGCGGCAAUUACAGUGGCUACUAUCUUCGCAAGAUAGCUGUACAGUACAAGUCGGCACUCUCGGCCUCGUUGCAUGCAAAAACCUUGGCCUUGGGUGAUGUCAAGACGACAGGGGGUCCUGACGUUGCUACUCUUGGAGAAGUCGAUUCCCAAAUUCUUUUCAAGUCAUCCCUGGAGAUUCCGGAUGCUUGGUCUUAUCCCCUUCAAAUAUCUCUCUACUACGGGGGACUUGCCUAUCUUCUCCCCUGGCAGGCCUUUGUCGCCGUGGCGUUGAUUACUGUCUUUCUAUAUCCAGCUGCUGGAUUGCUAGUAGAGGCCAUGUCUGUCUGGGUCAGGAAGAACAUGAGCGCCAAAGACUAUCGCACUGAACUCAUCUCCGAGGCCAUCUCUUCUAUAGAGUCCAUCAAGAUGCAUGCCUGGGAGUCUGUCUUUUCAUCCUCAGUUGCACAAAGGCGUCUUGCUGAGCUUGAGACUCUGAGAAACAUGGCUGUAUCUAGCGCAGGUCUUGUUUGUCUCAUGCAAGGUGCGCCGUCCAUCUUGACAAUAGCCGCCUUUGGAGUUCUUCUGCGUACCGGCCAGCAACUUGAUAGCCAGAUCGUCUUCACCGCCAUCAUGCUGUUCUCCAUGCUCAACGGGAGUCUCAUUCAGCUGUCGACGCUAGCCUCGACCCUUCAGUCGGUCGCAGCAUCCACGGAACGAGUCAGGACUUAUCUGAAUCUCCCUGAAACCAAGAUUUCUCCCACUUUCGAGUCGCCCUCUAGCUCUGGGCCCGAUGGCCAAAUCUGCUUCGAGAAGAUGCGGAUUGCUUGGCCCAAUGAGGCUCCCCUCGUCACGGAUGGCAAACUCAGUAUCGAUCCCCGCAGUUUAGUGGUUAUUCAAGGAGGAAUGGGAGUCGGUAAGUCGACUCUCCUCCUCUCUAUUCUGAGACACAUCCAACAGGACGAGAUGCAAAGACAUCGAGUGGCCUAUGUCCCGCAACAUCCGACCUUGAUCAAUGGCAGCAUCCGAGACAACAUCAUUUUCGGUCGUCCCUUCGACAGUGGAUUGUACACGGCAGUCAUUCAUGCCUGCUGCCUCGACUCCGACUUUCAGCAUCUCCGACAGGGGGACCGAACACCAAUCACAGGUUCUCUUGCUCUCUCUGGUGGCCAAUGUGCUCGUAUAUGCCUCGCCAGGGCCGCCUACUCACAAGCAGACAUCUAUCUCCUCGAUGAUCCUCUCUCGGCUGUCGAUGCAAGGGUUUCUGCCCAGAUCGUGCGUCGGCUUCUGGGAAGAACUGGAUUGCUAGCCAACAAAGCCAGGGUUGUUGCCACCUCGGCUGAUGGUCAAAUUCUCGGGCAAGCUGACACUGCUUACCAAUUUCAACGUGGUAAACUGCUUUCCGUUACGCGAGAUUCGAUUCCACAGGUGGAAGAUUGUUGGACCUACUCCAGUUCUGCUUCCCAAGGUAUGUUGGCACCACCGUGCACACACAUAGGAGAAAUUCUAAUGGUGUAUCAGAUCCCGGCUGUUGGUGGACUGGAGCUGCAUCCCGAGGCGUCACUCCCCGAUGUUCCCAUUACACAGCAGGCCUUGCUAGAACCCCGGAGAAAUGGUUCAAGUCAUCCAGCAUGGACAUAUAUCCUCGCGGCAAGGACUUUUGGAUGGCCUCUGUCUGUUGGCCUCCUCCUCAUGGGCAGAACGUCCUCCGUUCUCGGUACCUACACGCUAAAGCUUCUAACGAGCGAGCAAGACCAGGUAGCCGUCAACUGGGACAUGGCCAUCUUUGUUCUUCUUGCCCUUGGCCAGAUUAUCUUCUUUUAUCUCUUCAUUCUGGCAUUCUACCAGUUUUGUAUCGUGCCAGCUGCCUCGAAAUUGCACAACAACUUGGUGGUGGGCAUCCUCUCCAAGUCCAUCGACUUUUUCCAGACGGUCUCUGGGGGCGAGACUCUCAACCUAUUCACAAACGAUAUCGGUCGAAUUGACGGAUCUCUCAAUUCCUGCAUGAUUUCCUUGCUGGCUCAGUACGUUAAUCUCACGCUGACCUGUCUUGUCCUCAUUGGAACUCUGCCUGUCAGCAUCUUGUUCGUCAUUCCUCUUGUCGUCUUCUGCUCUCGCCUACAGCAGACGUAUCUUGACGGACUCAGAGAGCUCCGACACUUGGAUGUCGCCUCCCGAUCACCGCUACUCACCUUUCUUCAGGAGGCUCAGACAAAUCGAGUCCUCUUCAGCGCACACGGAUUGAUCAAGGCUCGCCAAAAUCAGUUCCAGAAGAAGUUGCAGGAAAAUCUCUCUGCCCUAUUCCCCCUUUCGUGCAUCGAUCUAUGGCUUGAAGUUAGGUUGGAGCUCAUUUCCAUUGUGUUCCAGCUGUCUGCACUUGGAGUCAUGAUGGCAGCUUCGAUUCCUCUAAGCACACUUGGUUUUGUCAUGACCUUUGCAUUCCAAGUCACUGGAACGCUCAGCAACAUGGCACAAUUCACCGCUCAGUUUGAGACGGAUGCAGUAUCACUCACUCGUAUUGACUCGUACUCUCAAACGAGCAACAGGGGUGAGAUGCAAGUUGAUGGCUCGGACUCGGACGGGCGAACUUGGCCGUCCUUGGGAACAGUCGAGUAUAAGUCGGUGAGCGGGAGACACCGUCCUGGCCUUCCGCUCAGCCUGAAAUCCAUCAGCUUUAACGUCAAGCCAGGUGAAAAGAUUGCCGUGGUUGGUCGCACCGGUGCAGGCAAAUCAUCCAUGAUAUCUUGUUUACUCAGAAUGAUGGAGCAGACAGAAGGGCAGAUUCUCAUCGAUGGAGAUGACAUUUCGGAUGUUGAUCCAAUCACUCUGCGAAGAGGCAUUGCGCUGAUACCACAGCGCCCCGUCAUAUUUUCUGACUCUGUUCGUCAGAACCUUGAUCCCCUUGGAUUGAGGAGCGACGGCGAGAUUAUCCAUGCCUUGGAAAUCUCAGGGGCCUUGCCAGUCAUCCAGAAGUUGGCCAAGGUCAAUGAGACUGACGACGGGCAAUUACUUGAAACUCAAACUAGCUUGUCGGUCGGAGAGGUCCAACUUCUGGCGGUGACGAGGGCACUUAUCCAGAAAUCUCCAGUCCUGAUCCUUGACGAAGCAACUUCGGGAAUGGACGCAAUGACUGAGAGCGUUAUACAUCAAACCUUGUUCACUAAUUUCAAGGCUACCACUAUCAUUGCGAUCAUGCACAAGCUAGAGCUAACAGUAAGUACCUUGAACAAUGUUCUCUUGUCAGACGAUUCAUGA